AUGGCUACUACUCUCCAAGAAGUUAUUGUUCUGGUGAGAGGGCAGAAUUUUGGCAUUGAAGCUGCAGUGAUUGGCGGGCAGUCUGUUCCAAGGCUGUGGAGUUACGUUAGCUGUGGAGUAUUAGGUUAUAAGACCCUUUUGAAAGGAAUUUCAGGGAAGUUCAGCAGUGGAGAACUUGUGGCAAUUAUGGGUCCUUCAGGAGCUGGGAAGUCAACGCUCAUGAACAUUCUGGCAGGAUACAGAGAGACAGGAAUGAAAGGAGAAAUUCUCAUCAAUGGACAGCCUCGUGACCUGCGCUCUUUUCGCAAAGUCUCCUGCUACAUCAUGCAAGAUGACAUGCUCCUUCCUCAUCUGACUGUCCAGGAAGCUAUGAUGGUAUCUGCUCAUCUGAAACUUCAAGAGAAAGAUGAAGGCAGGAGAGAAAUGGUAAAGGAAAUAUUGACAGCCCUCGGUUUGCUGACAUGUGCCAAUACGAGGACUGGGAGUCUUUCUGGAGGCCAGAGAAAGCGUCUUGCCAUUGCUUUGGAGCUGGUGAACAAUCCUCCUGUCAUGUUUUUUGAUGAACCAACCAGCGGCUUGGAUAGUGCAUCAUGUUUUCAGGUUGUCUCUCUGAUGAAGGCAUUAGCCCAGGGUGGCAGGUCCAUCAUCUGCACGAUUCACCAGCCCAGUGCUAAACUGUUCGAGUUGUUUGAUCAGCUCUAUGUUUUAAGUCAAGGUCAAUGCAUUUACCGUGGGAAGGUGUUAAACCUAGUACCGUACUUGAGAGAUUUGGGUUUGAAUUGCCCAACCUACCACAAUCCAGCAGAUUUUGUUAUGGAAGUAGCAUCUGGUGAAUAUGGAGACCAGAACAGCCGGCUGGUAAGGGCAGUACGGGAGAGGAUAUGUGACGCAGACUACAAGAGAGAUGUUGGUGGUGAGAAUGAGUUGAAUCCCUUCCUCUGGCACCGGCCUUCUGAAGAGGAUUCCUCCUCCACAGAAGGCUGCCACAGCUUCUCUGCCAGCUGCCUAACCCAGUUCUGUAUCCUCUUCAAAAGAACUUUUCUUACCAUCAUGAGGGAUUCGGUCCUGACACACUUGCGUAUCACCUCACACAUUGGCAUUGGACUGCUCAUCGGCUUGCUCUAUUUAGGCAUUGGCAAUGAAGCUAAGAAAGUUCUCAGCAACUCCGGCUUCCUCUUUUUUUCCAUGUUGUUUCUUAUGUUUGCUGCACUCAUGCCAACUGUCCUUACAUUUCCUCUUGAGAUGGGAGUAUUUCUUAGAGAGCAUCUGAACUACUGGUACAGCCUGAAAGCCUACUAUCUCGCCAAAACCAUGGCUGAUGUUCCUUUUCAGAUCAUGUUUCCUGUGGCUUACUGCAGCAUUGUGUACUGGAUGACUUCACAGCCAUCUGAUGCACUCCGAUUUGUCCUCUUCGCAGCUUUGGGAACCAUGACAUCCCUGGUGGCUCAGUCACUGGGUCUUCUCAUAGGUGCAGCCUCUACAUCCCUCCAGGUGGCCACUUUUGUGGGCCCAGUUACUGCCAUCCCGGUGCUUCUGUUCUCUGGGUUUUUUGUCAGCUUUGAUACCAUCCCAACAUACCUCCAGUGGAUGUCCUACAUUUCCUAUGUCAGGUAUGGGUUUGAAGGAGUUAUUCUCUCCAUCUAUGGACUGGAUCGAGAAGAUCUGCAUUGUGACAAAGAUGAUACUUGCCAUUUUCAAAAAUCAGAGGCCAUUCUGAGAGAACUGGAUGUAGAAAAUGCCAAACUUUACCUGGAUUUCAUUGUUCUUGGAAUUUUCUUCUUCUCUCUGCGCCUAAUUGCCUAUUUUGUUCUCAGAUACAAAAUCCGAGCAGAGAGGUAA